CUUCAUAAAGUAUUUAAUGAAAGGAAAUAUAGGCCAACGGAUUACACCUUGAUUUAUAUCAGGCUCUAUUUUCAUUACCAGCAAGCUCCGUUUUGGGAGGGUACCUUUUAAGAGGCAAAUAUUAUAGCCUCAGAAUAAAGAGUCUUUAUCCCAAUCAUACAGAAAGGCUUUCAUCAAUAUGGGUUCAACUACGCGAGAUGACAUUUACAUCCUACCUGAAGCUACUGCUGCUUCGCUCAUCCUCACACAUCCAACCGAAGAUGAGAAACGGCGAACUUGGACGCUCAACCACAAAGAAUGGGGUGGAGCUCUUACUCUCCAGGAGUACCUCAAGCGAGAACCCUACUUAACGACCGUCCCGCUAUCUCGCGACGGGGGCAUGACUCACUGGAUCCUGACGGAUUCAUCCUGGACCGUCGAAAAUGGAGGAGAUCGCCCAGUACUCGCCUCAUGUGAAUCCAUCAGUAAGCGUGUGCUCGUCGCAUCUCCUAACGACACAACAGUCCGCGAGGGUAUAGGACAUGGCGUCGGUUCCGUUUUCACAUACCCCGAGUUCCGCGGGUAUCGCUAUGCAGGGCGCAUGUUAAACGAGCUAGGCCCCGCCCUCCGCAAGUGGCGGACAGAAAUCCACAAUGGCCAGGAUGCCAUAUGCUCAGCUCUCUGGUCUGACAUCGGAAAGGCGUACUAUGCCAAGAAAGGAUGGGCGCCGUUCCCAAGUCUACAUGCCGAAUUCUCAGUCCCGAACAACCAAACCCCGGAUAAUGACGAACAGACAAAUGGCAAGGGGAACGUGGCACCAGUUACAUACGACAACCUGGAAUCCCUCUGCGCACAAGACGAACAACUUUUACGUGAAAAGAUACUCCGCUCGGCGAAAGAAACGGGUCGCACGAGUGUUGCUUUCGCCCCUGAUCAUGAUACUCUGCGCUGGCAUCUGUUUAGGGAAGACUUCAUCGCAGCAAUCCUGUUCAAGUCGACUCCCCAACAAGCCGAUGUUAUGACCUGCAUCAAAGGCGCACUGGCCGGGUCCGAGGGCCGCCGUGUGUGGGCGCUUUGGUCGCGUAAUUAUUACGGCGGCAAGGGGUCACCCGCCGAUAACGUGGCUAAAAAUACGUUAUAUAUACUACGCCUCGUUAUCGAGCCUGAGGAGAAAGAGGAGAAAGAGGGGGAGCCGAGUGAAGAUAUACUCACGGCGUUCACGGCAGUGAUGCAAACGGCGCUACGCGAAGCUAAGACAUGGCAUUUAGGAAAAGUCGAUCUAUGGAACCCAACGCCCGUUGUCAAGCGAUUGAUUGAGCGUAGUGGAUUACAGCACGGCUGGGUCGAUAGAGAUGAGGAGAGCAUACCUAGCAUGAUGUGGUACGGCGAUGAGGAUGUGCGCGAAAUCGAAUGGGUCGUGAAUGAGAAGUAUUGUUGGUGUUAGAUUAUGAAUUUUGAUGGUAAAUUUUGGGAGACAAGAAUGGGAAAAUAGGUACAAGACGGUAGAGAGUUCUUGGGAGUGAGCAACAUGCUCGUGUAGGUAUGCUAU